GCACAAGUUGCCGUCAAACGUACUAGUAGUUCGAGUGAGAUUCUGUCAACUUGGUAACGUUCCUUGCAGUUUGUUGGCCGUAUAUACACAUGGCUAAUCCAGCUAGUUCGUGAGACGUAUGUAAGCAUUCUAUAGCUGUAAUUGCCAUGAAACAUCUUGAGAUAUUCAAGAGGGUUUUCUCUACUGUAAGCGGGGUACAUUAGUAAUUUGUGAGUUAGCACGAACUGAAUCCUGGAUUAGUAAAUCUUACGAUGGUUUUUAAUGCUGGGACGUCUAAUGGGGUCUCUGUACGGAACGACUCGUUCAGUCGACCAAGAAAACUGAGUUUACAAGUGGUGUUUCCCAAGCCUUCACUCUCUGGAUAUGCAGCAGCGAUAGAGAAUGCACGUGACGCUCAACUAGCAAGUGUGAGCCGUCGCAAGCUGAGCCAGGUGACUCAUAAAUUGUCCACGACCAUGGGCUGGCGUGCAAACAUUUCGCAUAACGACGUGGUGAACCAGGCUCGAACCAUGUGUGGCCGCUACUUACGAUAUAAACUUCGUGCAUGUGGGCCUGUGCAUAAAAAUCUCGGUCUCCAACGCCUCAGAAGCCUCACCAAGAUCUCCAAUGAUCCUGUCCUCAUGAGCGUAAGUGAAGAACUACUCCACGUGACGGAUCUUCUGGAGCGUCAAAACCCUCGUCUGUUCCUUAGUGUCAUGGACAGCGUUGGGAUCCAGUCAUUAGUCUCUGAAACAUCCAUGCUGAACCUGUUCCAAGCGGUGGCGGACGAAAUAAUGCGGCAGGACAUUUCAUGGGGUCGGAUUGUUGCUUUGUAUUGCGUAGCUGGAGGAUUAGCCCUGGACUGUGUUCGACUCGGACAUCCUGAAUACGUGUUAAAUCUGGUGCAAGGUAUGGGCUCCGUGAUAGAAGGUGAUGUGGCAGCCUGGAUUGUGUAUCAGGGUGGAUGGGAAGCUUUGCUGACCCGAUUCAGAGCCACUACUAAUGUAAAAAUUUGUCACAUCAUAAUGAGUGGAGUCUGCAUUAUUUUGUUUCUGGUGUUCCUAGUUUACUGGAUCACUUAAUGUUGGACCCACAACUUUUCUGGAGAAGAAAAAUUAUAAGGAAAAAGAAAGAUCUACAUAUCAUCUGCUUUCUGAAGAAAAAAAAAAGGCCUCUAACACCAAAUUUGUUUUCACGACCUCACCAACCGAGAAAGUAUUAAAUGCGCUUAGGAUUUUCUUGUUUGUUUUGUUUUUCGAUAAUAUUAUUAGAUAUUAAGAAAUCUGAGGUGUGUUGUGUGAAGAUUAAGAUAAAAUAUCAUAUUAUAUUGCGAAUAAAAUAAAGUUAUUUAAAAGGUCAUCGGCCACCAACUAAAA